GAGAAGGCGUGGUGGGCGUGCAGGCGAGUGGCGGUUAAAUUUGAAAAUGUAUCGGAGUGGUUCGGUUUGACCGUCUUCUACCGGGCCUGAGAGACGGGGCGCGCAUACAGGACAUUGGUGUAUUUGACAUGGACAACAAAACUAUUCUUCCAGACAAUGACCUAACUGAACGAAGAAGUCGCAGACGAAUUUCCUCGAUUCUGAAAGCUCCUAGAAGUCCCCUUGGAGACCUGGGAAUUGGCAAUGAGCUUCAUCAGGAGUCAAUCAUUGACAAGCGGAGAAAAAGCUCUCGGCGAGUGAGUUUUGCAGAGACAAUAAGAGUUUUCACACCUGAACUAAAAUCGGCUGGAGCUGGAGAUGCUGACAGUGGAGGGGUUGGAACAGCUAGUUCAUUCUGUAAAGAGAAUGCAAGUACAGAUGGUAAAUGUCCCAUAACUGGAAUGGAUAGAUUGCUUCAUGGACCUCUUCAAGCUCCAGCUCACCAAGCAGAGUGGAAUAAUACGAACUGCAAUAAAGAGCAAACUAUUUAUUUCUCAUCUGACAAUGAUAUGGAUAUGACUGCAAUCAACACAGUAGCUAUUGAUGGACUUAUUGAGGAAAAACCAAGGAAAAUAAAUACCAGUUUAUUUCUAGCAAGUUUAAGAGCCCCAACAAGUGAGGAUUCUAGCAAAUUCUUAACAGCUGAUGAAAAGCUUUGGGAGUUUCAGCCUUCCACUACUUCAUCUACUCAGUCAAAAAUAAAGUUUGACUUUUUGGCAAGUUUGAAAAAUGAAAGCAUAACAUCUUCAAAAAUAGGAGUGGACAAAGAAAAUAUUUUUCCUUUUGUUUCUAAAGAAAACCUAUUCUCCACAAAGACCACGCCUCCAUUUUUUAAUGCUCAUGAAAAUACAGGAAACCUUACCUGUGUGUUCAGGGACCAAGAAGAUGGGCUUGAUUUAACAAAAUGCCACACAACAAAUAUUGCGUCUUUCAUUCCAACAGUCGACCAUCAACUGAGAAGUUCAGCCAACACUUCAACAUCUUAUUCCAGCACUCGUAAUAAACUAGAGUUUAGCCUUUUCGAAGGAGCCAGUGUUAAACCACCGAAGUCUGUUUCCAUUGAGCAAACUCUGCUUUGUGAAGAUGACAUGGAUAUGACGUCUAGUCAUACAACUCGCAUACACAGUGUUUUAAAGGAAAAUGCUCCACCUAAUAAAACAAAGACUUACGUUGCAUGCAAUAAUCAAAAGACCAUUAUUUUUACUGAUGAAAAUGAAAUGGAACUUACUGAAAAUAAUUCAGUUUUCUUUAACAGCACUUUUAAAAAAGAAUCUGUUAAAAGAGACAGUAAUGUUUUCUUUUGUAAUCAAGAUACAGUAUGUCCAGAAGAAGAUAUGGCUAUGACCAGGAGCCAUACAGUAGCUAUUGAUGGACUUAUUGAAGAAAAACCAAGGAAAAUUGAUACCAGUUUAUUUCUAGUAAGUUUAAGAACCCCAACAAGUGAGGAUUCUAGUAAAUUAACAGCUGGUGAAAAGCUUUGGGAGUUUCAGCCUUCCACUACAUCUACCCAGUCAAAAAUAAAGUUUGCUGACUUUUUGACAAGUUUGAAAAAUGAAAAAACAACCUCUUCAAAAAUGGGAGUGGACAAAGAAAAUAUUUUUCCUUUUGUUUCUAAAGAAAACCUAUUCUCCACAAAGACCACGCCUCAAUUUAAUACUCAUGAAAAUACAGGAAACCUUACCUGUGUGUUCAGGGACCAAGAAGAUGGGCUUGAUUUAACAAAAUGCCACACUACAAAUAUUGCGUCUUUCAUUCCAACAGUCAACCAUCAACUGACAAGUUCAGGCAACCCUUCAACAUCUUAUUCCAGCACUCGUAAUAAACUAGAGUUUAGCCUUUUCGAAGGAGCUAGUGUUAAACCACUGAAGUCUGUUUCCAUUGAGCAAACUCUGCUUUGUGAAGAUGAAGACCAAAUUGCAUCACUGAGCAAUCCGUGUCUUGGAUUUAAUGGCAUUUAUGCUGACCCUGCUAAUGUACUGUCUGGGAAGUUAAGUGGUCAAGUGUAUAGAACCAUUCAAGAUAAUAUCACGGUUUUCCCCUCUGCCGAGGAUGAUAUGGAGUUGACCAAAUCUCACACCAUUGAUAGUAAAAUGUCUUUGUCAGACAGUACCCAUAAGCUUGAACCAAUUCUUAAAGCCAAAAAAUCAAAUGGUUGUUCGAGGUUAUCUACCAUACACAACAGAACAGAUUUCUUUUCAACUGUUGGCGAUGACAUGGAGCUGACCCAAAGCCACACAACUUGCAUUAAUCAAAAUCAAUUUACCAGUGCAAAAGAAAAACUAUUUUCAAAUGCUGUUAAUCAGACUAGACAUGUGUUGGAUGACAUGGAAAUGACAAUGGUUCAAACUGCUGGAUUACAGAUGGAUUCUACCAUAAAUCAAUCUAACAAUUACAAGACAAUGGUAUUUACAUGUGACCAACAGGAUAUGGAUAUCACACAAUCGCACACUGUUGCCAUUGAUGGUGACACCCUUUUAAAAAGAUUCCAAUCUGAUACCUGCCUUGCCAUUAACCAAAGGGAUGAUUACAUUUUGGCUGUGCCCAGAUGUCUGCCUGACAAAGACUUUGUGCUUGAAUCUAAGAACGAUUGUGGUAGUGUUGGCAAAAUGGACUUGGUUAAAGAGGAGACCCUUGUGCCAUCAAACAAAUCUGAGUCAAGUUUUUCAAGCAGUCCUAUAAAUAUCACUAAUAUGUCUUGCCAGAAAUCGACUGGUCCUUUAAAAGGCAACACUGAUGUUUUUAUAUCUAAUCAAGAAGACAUGGAUAUGACUUGUGGAAACACUGUCCAUAUUAAGAGGAUUUUACUGCCUGGUGACUCUACAAAUAAAGCGAUUACCCAUGCCCCUUGUCCUGAUAAAACUGUUGUACUUGAAGAUGACAUGGAAUAUACAAAAAGCCACACCGCAAUCAUUGAUGGAAUAAACGCACACGAGUUACGAAGUCAGUCUGGUAUUUUGAAAACAAUCGCAAUUUCUGCUGACAUGGAUAUCACAAAGUCAAAUACAGUUUUCAUUGAUAGUAUGGUAACAGAUCAAAGGGCCAAAGAUGACCAGCAAAAUAAAUGUAAAAAUACCUUUAUAAAGUUAACUGGGCCUUCCGAUCGAAUUCCAGAUGACCUAAAGAUAACCGUUUAUCCUAAACAGCUUGUAACUGAUGAGGCUGUUUUGUCCAAAGACAACAUGUUUAAUUCUCUAGACCAGAAAGACAUGGAUCUGUCCCGGACAAAUACUAUAGCUAUUGAAAACAAGGUUUUGGGUGAGGUGGAGAAAUUGCAGGCUUCACAUUUAAGCAAAACACAAAUCUGCUUUGCUGACAUGGACAUUACAAAGUCAAAUAAAGGGUUUACUGAUCAUAUACCUGCAAGAAUGGAGUCCCACUCUGUUAAGGUAACCAACGAUGCAAGGGUACAAAUAAAUGAAACCAGUUUGCUACGUGAGCCUUCAAAGAAUAGGCUUUUAAUGAUAAAGACAUCAGGGGAUGAAGAGAAUCUAGUGGAACUUCCCAGUAAACAUUUUGUAAACAACUUGCCUUGUGAACAAAUUGAAUUAGACCUUUCUAGUCAAAGCUAUGUUUUCACUGGCACCUCAAAGAGAGAAAGUAUUUCCCACCGGAAAUCUUUUUGUAUCUUUGAUGAAACUGUCCAUCAAAUAUGCAACAUGUCGGAGACAACUGCAAACAUUGAUCUUGUAAUUGGCAACAACGAUAAACGCCCUAGUAAGGGUUUGUUUGAUCAAACAUGUAACCAAGGUGAAAUGGAAAUAACGAAGUGUCAUACCACUGCCAUUGAAAGUAAAAUGGGGGCGACUCCAAAUUGUCCUGUGGAGAGUAAUGCUCCUGUACAUCAAGCCACAUCUCUGUUUUCAAAGGAUAUGCCUGUGAAUUUUACAGUUAAUACAGAUGCAGAAGUGUUAACAAAUGGAACUUUUACUAGAAAUAAAGGACCCCAUCAAACACGCAUGUAUGAAUGUGUGCUCCCGUGUAAACAAGCAACUAUGGAAAGCCCCAGAGCUCACAUUGCUGUUGCAAAAGUCAACUCUGAGGAAAAUUGCUGUGAAAACUCACGUGAAAGAAACCAUGAAAAUGUACAAGUUGUGGAGUUUGUAGAAAUGUCAACCAUACCGUUUUCAACAUCACAAAAAUGUGAAAACUAUUCAAAACGGCCUAUCGAUGCAACCGAGAAAAAGGGAUCCAAACAAAAUAAUUUUUCUGAAUCAUUGCCAAGUGAGACCCUAAUUUCUUCAGAGGAAAUGGCAUUCACGCAGUUUGAUUCAAUGGUAACUGAUGGUUCAUCUGGGCAAGGAAAAAAAACUACCUCUGUUGGUAUUGAAAAAACAUGCUUGUUUUUAGAAACGGCAAUGGAUGUGGCAAAAAGUAACACUGCGUUUAUUGACCAGGAAUUCAAAGACGUUGACCGUGGUACAUGUAGAAAUGAAAUGAAAAGACCUAGCAGUAUAGUGUCUCUCACUUCCGAUAAUUAUGAACCCAUUGUUUUAGACCACAAGAAUGCAAAUACAAAAAUGGAUAUGGCUUUAGAUGACAAAUAUGUUAAACUCGAUGGCAAUGCAUUACCAGAUCACAGUGCCCCAUCUAUUGGUACAGAAACGAUACUGCAUACACAGACUGCAGGUGACCAUAAACCUAUAAAUGCUUUUUCACAGAUUUGUGACUUGCGAGUUUCUUCUGAAACAGGGGCCAGUUCUGCAUCUCAGAAGCAGGAAACUAUACCUGAGAAUCUCUGUAGUGAACAAUCUGAGGCAGGUGUGAACUAUCCAGGUGCAGUUCAAGACUGCCAGGUGACAAAAAAGCACAGGCUAUCAAAAAGGGUAUCAUUCUGUUUUUCUGAAACGGAUCGUAGAGUUGGCGAGUGUGUUGUAGAGCCAAAUACUGAAAUUACUUUGCAAAACAGGAAAAAAAUGUUUAAUGCCCCAAAUAACCACUCUGAUUGCAGCCAAUAUAACCCUGGAAAAACAAAUGAACAAACUGGGAAUAUAUCUGUCAAAUUAGAUUUUACAGACCAAGUGUUGGUUGGCAGUUUAGCAAAGAAUAACCAAUAUUUAAACUGUUCCGUUGCCGAAAGUAUCGUGUCUUUCCCGGAUAAACAUGAAAGUGAUAUAGUGGCUAAUGUUCAAGAGGAUGUGUCUUUAUUUGAACCAUUACAGAAAGAAAAAAAUAAUAGGCGUAGAAGUAUUGCAGAUAUCCAACUGAAAAUAAGAAGUUUAACAGAGAAGACUAACAAGCCAAGCAAUCAUACUGCACCAGUCUCUUAUUCUGAGUUGUCCACCUUGCCUCAGACUCUAAAUCCUACGAGUGGAAAUUGUAUGCCUGAACAGACUUUGCUCAAUGAGCAGGUGUCCAAAGACAUCGAAGCUGAAAAUAGACCCAUAGGGAAAGGCAGUGGACAGAUGAAAGAAACUAGUUUGCAAAACAGACUGUCUGUUAACAUGCUUCAACCAAAGUUACCAAGUAAAAGGCAUUCUAGCACUUGCAACCUUCAAGAGUUGGCUCCUUCCACCAUUUCUAAACCACCAACCCAAAUAUGCCAAACAUCCAUGAGUCUUAAAGCUUUCGCUGAUGGUGACAGUGGUCACUGUAUAGAUGAAGAAAUGCUUCCUGCUUGCCUAGAUGACCACGAUGGUAAUAGUUUGUUUCAGUAUGAGGUGCCAGAAGGUGCUUGGGAAGAGUUGUGUGAAAAGGAAGCUUUGCACACAGACCUGAAUGACUGUUUAUCUAAGGACCCUGUAAAUAGUCACAAAAGAGCCAGAGACCCUGAAGAUGAUACAAAAUUACAUGGAGAAAAGCGGGUCAGAAGGAACGAUGAAACUCAAAAUACACAGACAUCUGUUGGUUUUAAAAGUCCAGACGAAUGUUCUAGAAAUGAUUUUUCAUCUCAUACAAGCAAAACUAUGGAACAGACUUACUGCAGCAGUAGCUCCCAUGAUUCAAGAGGAGAAGGGAUGUCUGAGCUAAGCAGUCAGCAAUACAGUCAGAUGGACUCUCAGUUACCAUGCGAUAACGGAUAUGGGCAAAAAUUCCAGGAUGGAACUAUUACCGUUAAGGAAUUCUUUAUGCUACUUGGAAUCCGUUCUCUCAUCCAAAAGCCAAGAUGCAGUGAGCUUCCAGUUAAUCGUGGAAACUGUGAAACCUUAUCUGCUACAGACUUGAUGCUAGAUCUGUUCAUUUAUCAACCUAAACUUCAAGUAUAUGAGGAGGAAUGCCAUACCUUGUACCAAACAACUGAAGAGUUGAAGUUGUAUACAGAUAUGCAAGAUAAGCCUCUAACUGAAGUUAGCAGCCUGCUGUGGGAAGAAAUGAGGAUGUGCUCAGAAAAUGAGCUGAUGCUCUUUGGCACGACACUUAAAAAUCGGAAGUCUAUGUACGCCAAGAAAAGCAAGAUUUUAGCGCAUGAAGCAAAAGUGUCCAUUUACAGCAAACUGCUUCAUAAAGCUCAGGUUCAGGUGGUAGAGCUACAGUCAAGUAUAACGGAGACUGCUAAGCUUAUUGAAGAAGUUGAUGAUUGUUUAUCCAGCUUACAAAUUGAAACUGCCAGACUGGAGCAGGGAUUCGAAAAUGACUGGGCAAACAUCCCGGGUAUUAAAGCGAUGCAGUUUGAUUUUGAAAAUAUGGUCUCUCUGGAGCAGAUUGGUAUCCGGGAAAAGUCACACUUGGAAAAACAAAAGGAAAAGGUCUUGACACACCUUGGUUGCUUGCAGGACGAAGCACGAGGCCUUGACACACUUUUGCAGGAACCUUGCUUUGCAGAAUGGGAUAUGGUUAAUUGGACAGAUACAAAAGCAACAUUUGCUUUUCUGUAUGAUUCCUUGGAACUUACCAUCCUGUUCGGAGAUGAGAUUGAUGGGGAAACAUUUAAUGACCAGCUCUGCAGGAGAAUUUCUAGGAGAAUUUUCAUGUCUCAGCUGAACGAAGAAACUGCGCCGCCAUCAUCUCUAUUAGUCCACAGAUUAAUUAUACAGUUUCUACAGAAAAAGGGCUACCUUCAUGAGACUUGUGAAAUUAAAACCUCUGUACCUCAGCUUCUUUUUGACGUGUCACUUGUGGUGAGCAGAUGUAAACUACUUGGAGAAGAGGUUGAAUACCUAAUGAAAUGGGGUGCAAAAUACAACAUUGUGAGGACCGACGUGAAAAACAAUGAAGUGAAGCUUCUGUUUUCAAGUACUGCAGCUUUUACAAAGUUUGAACUGGGCAUACAGAUUUCAGCGAUGUAUCCAACAGAUCCGCUGUCCUUUACAGUACUAAAUCGCAUUGGGAACAUGGAAUACAGCAGAGUAGCUGCAGCGAUUUCCAAGGUUCCUUUGGGUCUGUGGCUUCUGAAGAGAUCUGUGAAAAGCAUCCAUGAACAUCUCCUGGUUUAAAUCCCAAAUGCAUGCUAAUAUGAUGCUAAAUCUCCUAAAACACAGAGACUUGCUCAGAAAUGGAGCCAGCAACAUUGACUCUCUCCUACAUCCAGAAUUUUGAGAUGAAACAGAAUCUUGAACAAACUGAUAUGUAAUUCUGUUGUCUUAAGUGUGUUUAAAAUUGGUCUAUAUUGUAUAAGUACAUUCAGAUUGCAAAUUGUUUGAUACAGUAAAUCAGUUGGCCAGCAUUGUUCCAUACUUUACCUUAUUUGUCUUAUCCAGUUUUCUACAUUUGAAGAAAACUUUACUGAAAUAUAUGGGAUGCCAUUGCGGACGGCUGAAAAUGCUGUUUGACAUGUUGGGAAUAUACAGUUGUGAUAUGGUUUGUUGACCCUUAUCUGGAUUUCGGCAUGAAGUUGCAUAAUAGGAAAGUAUUUUAUUUGGUAAACCGUGCACACAUUUUACAUUGCCAUAAUCUUUUAUUGCUUUUAAAACCUUUAAGCAAUAAAGGUAAAUAAUAAUAACUGCCGGUAUUGAAAGUUGCUGAAACUAAACAUAAUCUAUAGCUGGUGAUUGGACCUGUUCAGCCUUUUGGUUUGUUUUCAGGUUAUUCAUGUAUACUAAACCAUUUCAUUGCACAUGUUAAUAAUUUUGGGACGUCUUGCUUUUGAUCAGAUGGGGUUGAGGUCCAGUCAUUCCAAAAUAUGGAUUUUUGUCUGAACUAUAUUUGUUUACAUACUAGCUUAUUUUUUUGUUUUGGAUUACAGAUGCUAUUGUCUUUCUUGAUUAAGCUUGGAAUUCACUGGUUGCUCAAUGAUUUUAUCAUUGACGUUGGUGUUUAAUGUUUUACUGCCAAAAGUUAAUUUGUGUACUUUACCAAAAUACUCAACUUUUGCUCAUAAAGCUUUGCUCAAUGGUCUUCAGAAAGUUUGUGUGGGGGAGGGCUGUAGUGCCAUUCUAAGUGAUAUCAUGAUCCUGAGUAUGCAAGGGGGUCUUGCAAAUACACACUACUGCACAGAUCCAAAAAGGUUGCGACUUCUCUCCAUCCUGCAUGGGGGUUUAAUUACAGCCUUAAUGGGGGGCACGAUAUGUAAACCUUGGCUUUUUAGUGCAAUGUAUGCUAUGUCAAGGCAUACCCACACAUCCUGGCAUUUUAUCCUACCAAAACUCUGUUGAGGACAGGUAGUGGAGUAUAGUAGCAGUAUAUAGGAGUAUUAUAGCAGUGUAUGUGGUGUGUAUGUGUUAGUAAAAUGAGCCUGUCUGUUAGGACAGGUCACAUUUAUUCAUAAAUGCAAAUGGUGUAUAAGGUCCCAUUCACAUCAUGCGACUUGGACAUAAAGGUAGCAUUGCAGUGAUUCUGCCCACGGUUCAGCAGUCACAACCAAAUGGGUGUUUAAGAAUUUGCCCUAAGGUUGUCGCAAAAAGAAAAACGAGCAAGAGCUCCUUGUGGGCGACAACGCACAUAGGGCAGCCUAUUAAAGUAAAUGUGGGACAUAUGGAAUUGCGUUAAAAUUGCACAACAAAAAUUCCAAGUGGGAACCUUCAUUCCCGCUUGGCAAUUUGUGAACAGGGCCUUAAGGGUUCACAAGCUUUCUCGUGUGUGUGUGUGUGUGUGUGUGUGUGUGUGUGUAUAUAUAUAUAUAUAAAUUUAUAGAGUACAGAUAUAAAUAUUCAUACCCAUUGUAAAUAUUUGCAAUUUUGUAACCUUAGCAUUUACUUUGAAUAUAUUUAUGUUGUUUUUAAAUGUAUGUAUGUUGUCUUUAAAUUAUAUUUAAUGCCAGAGCAUUGUUUUAAUGAAUAAAAUGGAGAAAUAAAUUAUCUUUUGCAUUGUUUAAACAUCACAUUAAAUGAUCACAUUGAAACCAUUUUUUUUUUCAACAAUAUUUUGCAAAUAAAGGUUAAAAUCGCUCAGUUUAACAUG